AUGUCCGAAAACGCACCCGCCGACGGCCAUACUGGCGACCUCCCAAAUGGUCAUACUGACGGCCUGCCAAACGGCCUCCCCAAUGGUCAUACUGAUGGCCUGCCCAACGGCCUCAGCAAUGGCGAUGUUGACAUGACUGUCAACGGCGCGGCUAGCGCCAAUAGCGAAGCAGGGCCGGGCGAAGGCCCCCUUCCUAUUCCCACGAUUGACGAUGAUCCCAACGAGGGAUUCCCCGCGAUCGAUAUGAUUCGGGGUGAUGGAGGGCUCCUCGAAUGCGUAAUGUACGCAGAACACCUUCUGGAGCUGCUCCCCCAGGCGGCGGCCGCCGCAGCCGAUAUCAACGCGGGCACGGCAGAGCUUGAAGAGCUCCGUUUCAAUCUUCAUGCCUGCUUAGCUCGGGUCCAGACCCUGGCGCAAGAGCUGGACGGCCAAAUCGAGACUGCUCUCAACUGA